AUUGAGAAGAAAUUCAAAGAUGACUCAAAUCAUACUAUCGGAGUGGAAUUUGGUUCAAAGAUAAUAAAUGUAGGUGGUAAAUAUGUAAAAUUGCAGAUAUGGGACACAGCAGGACAAGAGAGAUUCAGCUGAUGUGGAGCUGUGAGAUGCAGAGCCAUUUCUACCCCACUCCGGAUGUACUGUCUCAGGUCUGUAACAAGAAGUUACUAUAGAGGUGCCGCAGGUGCUUUGCUUGUUUAUGACAUCACCAGCCGGGAAACUUACAAUGCACUUACUAAUUGGCUGACGGAUGCAAGAAUGUUAGCAAGUCAAAAUAUUGUGAUAAUACUGUGUGGAAACAAGAAGGAUCUUGAUGCAGAUCGUGAAGUUACUUUCUUAGAAGCAUCCAGAUUUGCACAAGAAAAUGAGCUGAUGUUUCUGGAAACAAGUGCACUAACAGGGGAGAAUGUUGAAGAGGCCUUUGUACAAUGUGCAAGAAAAAUACUCAAUAAAAUUGAAUCAGGUGAAUUGGAUCCAGAAAGGAUGGGCUCAGGUAUUCAAUAUGGCGAUGCUGCCUUGAGACAGCUGAGAUCACCACGUAGAGCACAAGCCCAAAGUGCUCAAGAAUGUGGAUGUUAAGAAAACUGAACAAAAAAGUCCUGAACGCUCAUUUUAGAUGCAAGAGCUGUCCGUGCAAAUGGUGUUUGGAGAAACAGACUGACAAAGCUUGAAGGCUAUGCAGUUUUUUAAAACAUCUUCCCCACUGUAUAUAACCAGAACAGGCCACUGCUGGAAAAAGAGUACUGUAGGGUAAUAUGCAGAAGUGUGCACAUGACACAGCAGACUGCAAAACAAACCUAAAUAUUCAGUGGACAAUACUAAACUCAUACCUGUAAGCAUUUUCUGUUACAUUCUUUUGUCCCCUCAACUUCACUUCAGAGUAUUACUGUAUCCUGUAUAUAAUGUAACAGUAAAGUUCCAAAGCAUGAUACACUUAUGUAUGAUAGAAUGUUGCACUAAAAGCAAUUUAAUAUUUUAUUUUUUUUAUCAUAACUAAAAUUUAACUGUGAGGUAGGCUUUAUCAUGUUUGUGUUUAUUGCACAAUCAGUUGUAUUUAUGACCUGAAAUACAAAGCCACUGGCAUUGACUGUCAGUGAUUUUUUUUUUUUCUCCACCUUCCCCCCUUCCUCCCCCACUCCCUUCACUCUGCCACUUCUAUAAAGUGUUUACAUGAUCCAUUCUGCAGUACAGUUAAGGACUUAAGUUUACGAAUCCGUCAUGUUUGGAAAGGACAUUUUUAAUGAAGUACAUCUGCCCUGUUUUCUGACAAUUCUUAAAUAAAUGUAUGUCAAAAAGUGUUCUGUCAAACUUUGUAGGUUAACAAGUGUUGCAGCUAAGUCCCUGAAAUGACAGCUGUUUGACAUUUAGAUCUUGAGAGGUUUUUUUCUUUUUCUCUGUGCUGGUUUGCUAUGUAGAAAGGGGGUCAUGGAGAUUGUUUGUCUGUGUGUUUUGCAUCCCUGAAUGUUUUUUGUCUGUGUUGCGAUUCUAGUGCAGUGGGAUGACUUGGAGGACCAUCGCUGUAGGAGUUCUUUUUUGUGCUAAUCCCCCUAGGUUACACUUCUCUCUUAUACUAUGUAUAAUCAUUAACUCGGGAGGCAUGGCUGGGCAGUUCUGCUCCCUGGACGGCAGCAGCACAUGUGGCAGUAGCUGGGUUGCCACAGCCAGCAUUAGUGGUCACUUUUUGUGCUCCCCUCUGAAGUCGGCACCCAGGGCUGGUACCCUGUUCACCACCUCCCUCCAUUAGCUAUAUUAUUGGAUUAACUAAGCAAUCUACUGUAAAAAGAAGGUUGCUGAAUCUGUAUCUGCAGAGUUCAUUUGGAAGCAAAGCGUUUCAACCAUACAAUGCAUAAGAAGUAAAAUCAAUGACCCUGAAUGUGUGAAACUUUCAAAUUAUUAGGGUUUAUUUUAAAAUGCUUUUAUAGUAUUUGCCUAGCAUAAAUGUAAAAAGUAUCAUUCCACCUAGCCUCUUGUGAUCCAUCUUCUACAUAUUUCCCCUACCAGCAUGGUAUGGAGUGCCAUCCUUCCUGUCUCCAGGCCCCACUGAAGCUACUUCAUGAUGUUGGGGAUUAAUUUAUAUGAGAAGAGAGUGGCUGCAUGUGGGGGUAGGGUUUUUUUUGUCUUAUUCCCCCACCCCCUAAUACCACCAGAACAUUCAACCUGAUGGAUUAGCUUUAGCAUGAAGGUGCUAAGCAUUCUUUGGAAUAUCCCUCUCACCCCUUUUAUGGUGGGAAAAGGAUUUGUGGUAACAGUUGCCACUGGAAAUUCUGACCUCUUGGCAUUUGAAGCUGUAAUGAAGAGGUAGGAAAAGGCUGAAGAGUUGGAAAUGGCACAAGUCCCCGACUGUGUCUACCUUACUGUCUGGCUAGGGGUGUGCGUGUUAGGAAGUGAGGGAAACUGCAGCUUUGUAUUGCAAGUUAAGGACCUGUAGAACAGAGUGGGUAUUUCCGGGCAUGCUUAAAGGUGAUGCUUAAUGGUGAAAAAGGGCACAGAGAGAUCCUAAUUAUAUUACUAAAAAUCCAGAGUGACUGCAUUGACCUCGGUCCUAGCUGGAAAUGAUGUCACUUGAGAAAUCGGAACACGCACAAAAAAUGGUUCCACUCAGACAAGACACCUAUAUUGGAAUGUCAAGGGCAAAGACUGCUUUAUUCUAUGGUCUAUAUGACCUGUCUCUAAUUAAGCAACAUUUUGGGGUAGCAUAUGUGUGUUUCAGGGCUAAAGCAGAAAUGGUGCUAUACUUCCAGGGGCUGAUGCUAGCACAAAAACAAACCUAGAGUGGGGAGAUCUUUUAAUGUUGAUGUAAUGCUUGGCUUAAAUACAGUCUUUCUGAGGCAAGAGAUUUGUCAAUUCCCCCUCCUCCCCCCCCCAAAAAAAAAAGUAGGCUGUGGGUCUCUCUAAAUUAGCAGCAUCAAAUCAAAAGAAUUCAGUGUAAGCCCUUGUCAAAGAUUUGUGCUGGAAAACCUAGCUUGCAGGCCAAGGCUUUUGAUCAUGUCCCCUCUCUCCAUAUAAUGGUCAGCAUGCAUUAUUGGACUGGAACGCCUGCUGAAUAUGCUGUAUACAAUGUAGCAUGCAUGUUUAUUACACACUUGACCAGACCCGCUCCCAAGCAAUGUUCCUUUCCAGGUAUAGUUUGACAUGAUUAAGCUAACUAAGUGCUACAUUUACCAGAGCCUCGAGUAACUCCAGAGGAACUUAUUAAAUAAAUAUCUGCCUUGAUCCCAUCUCCUGGAUUGUCUUCCUUAUUUAGCAUCUGGAAGUGGCCAUCUCCCCUGUUACUCCAUUUCCUCUCCCAGAAUAGAGAAAGUAACUGGUACUUCAGACUCCCAAAACUAGGAAGCAUUGAUACAAUCCCAGACUUGAAAGACCCUGGCUGUAGCUUUGAUUUUUUUUUUUUUUUAAAUCUACUCCUUUGGGAGGAAAGUCUGUCUAUGGGCAUUUCCCUAUAAGAGCUUCCUGCCACUUUCUUGAAGAUGGGAGAACUUCCUUUCCCUGUUUGUUCUGCAGCCUCUAGGCAAGAAUGGAUGUGGGGAAACAUUUUGGCAAGUGUCAGGGUUUUGCCUUAGCAUCACAAGUCACUUUUUGAACAUGGUGAGGAAGGGUAAAUUUGCCUAUUCCUUAGCUCUGACGUAGCACAAGCCAAGACCUCUCUUGCCAACAUCACCAUUCUUAAAUAUUAUGGUGGUUAUAGGGCAUUUUGAUUAACUAGUUAUUCUCAUUCUCAGUCCGCUCAGUUGAUGGGAGGGAGAAAGUGUUGCUUACCUAAUGGACUUUUGUUUCACCUUCAUGUUUCUGUCACCUUUGGUCUCUAGUUUCACUUCUUCCCCUUCUCUUUCCUUCACUAAUCUUUACUUUCCUCCUCUCUUAUAAUGUAAUCAUUCUCUGCAUUUGCAAAUGUGAGUUUUGUUUUCAAAAUGAUCUUAAGUAACAAGUGAUCCAGCUUUAAAUCUGGAAUGGUAGAAACGAUGCCUCCUAAUCUUCCCUCCAGUCCUUUGCAUACAAGAGUAGCCAUCGGUUAUACCCACUCUGCUUGACAAUUUUUGGUCAUUUUUCUGGAAUGAAAAAUAAGCUAAGCACAGUUCUUUGUACCAAGUGUCUUAAUCUCAUAUAUCCCUUAUGUGUGUUAAAAAGUAGCUUUGUUACAAUGAGUUCAUUAUAUAUACUUGAUAUCAACAUCUAAGUGUUUCUAAAAAUAAAGCAGAUCCAUGCAGUCUGAGCGCACAUUAACACAGUUAAAGUGCAUGAUUUAUCUGUCAGAUUACUGUGCUUCAUAUUUCACUUUAAUAACAUGUUGAUAAUAGGUUAAACUAACAUUGUUUUAUGCUGAAUACAACCACCACUGGGAAAAAAAACUCUUCAUGAUGGAAGAGGUGUAGUUUAUAAUUGUGAAAUGGUAUGUGAUCUAGACUCUUCAAUUUUAUGCCUGUAAGGCUAGAAAUUUAAUUUUUUACUCUUAAUUUAAUGGUUUAUGCAAUAAAUAAAAUAUUGGCAAGUUUAAAUGGUAAAAUAAUCCCCUCCCUUUGUAUGUGUGUGCAUUCCACUAUGAUGAAGUCCUUACUCUAAUUGACUUACCAAAGCAAGAUGGCCUAGCAAAGCUUUAUAGAAACUAUGCCAGGCAACUGAAGUCUAGACUUGGUUGUUCUUUACGGAGGUUUUUAAUUGUUCGAGUUGUUUUAAAGAUUUAUAUAUUUUACAAAACCCUUUGUCUUAACUUUUAAUGAGUCUGUUGCUGGACUGUGCCAGUACAUCUGACACUUGUAUCUAAUCUUGAAUAAAGAACUCUCUGGAUAUCA